GUAGAAAACAAAAGUAGUAAAUGCUAAAUAGUUGCAAGAGAAGAAAAGCAUGCUACUACGUGUGAGCAUAACAGCCGAGCUCAUUCACAAAUAUAAAGUGCCAGAAACGAGCAUAUGGUAUCCCACGCCAUAUCAUUUCCUGCUGAACUGUAAUCCAUUUCUCUCUCGCCCUCUCUUCUUCUUAUGGCAACUGCUGUUUCAUCCAAGCAUUUUCUUGCACGUUUCAAGGAUUUAGAAUCAGCCAAAUGCAGCAUCUCCAUCCAACCAAUUUGCUGCAGGCAAUCGUUUCAUAUUUUCCACCAUAGAUAUAAAUCGUGUUCACUGUCCAUGAAUGGGUGCAAAGGUGACCCCAGAGUCCCUAUUGGUACCAUUGAAACUCGAACUUUUCCAGCAGUAGCAUCUCCUGCAUUGGCCGCAGACAGCCUCGAUUCUGCCAUUUGUAAUUUGAAAGCUAAUCCUCCAGUUUUCACUUCAGGGAUUAUACGUCUCCAGGUACCUAUUCAACAGAGGAUUGAAGCGAUUGAUUGGCUCCAUGCUCAGCAUCAGCUUCUUCCACGCUGCUUCUUCUCCUCUAAAAGCCGAAGAAAGGACGACGAUCCCCUUUUUACAGAUUUCACCAAUGGUAAUGGCCAUGCUCAUGCCCUCAAUUUGGUCAGCGUGGCCGGUAUCGGCUCUGCGGUUACCUUUAGGCAUAUCCACCAAUUCUCAUACAGUGACUGGAAGUCCAUCAAGAGGUUCCUAUCUGCCAAAUGUCCUUUGAUUCGUGCUUAUGGGGCAAUUCGAUUUGAUGCAAGGGCCAAUAUAUCAUCUGAGUGGGAGUCUUUUGGUUCAUUUUACUUCAUUGUUCCUCAAGUUGAGUUUGAUGAGCUUGGAGGUAGUUCAAUGCUUGCUGCGACUAUUGCCUGGGAUGAUGCCCUCUCCUGGACGUGGGGGCAGGCCAUUGAUGCACUUCAACUUACAAUGAGUCAGGUUUCUUCUACUAUUGUAAAAUUGCGAAAAGAAGUUGCUAGAACAUUAAUUUUAAGCAAUAAUCAAAUUCCCAAUAAGAGCUACUGGGAUCUUGCCGUGAAAAGAGCGUUGCAAAUAAUCAACAGAAGCAGCUCACCACUAAUUAAGGUUGUUCUCGCACGUAGCAGCAAAGUUGUAACUGCUACUGACAUUGAUCCUAUAACAUGGCUGGCUUGUCUACAGGUUGAAGGAGAAAAUGCUUAUCAAUUUUAUCUUCAGCCACCUAAUGCUCCAGCAUUUAUUGGGAACACGCCAGAGCAACUAUUUCACAGAAAAUGGCUAGGAGUUACUAGCGAGGCACUGGCAGGAACCCGUGCUAGAGGUGAAUCAAAGGCUCUAGAUCUUCAAAUAGAACUUGAUUUAAUUUCAAGUCCAAAGGACCAUCUUGAGUUUACUAUAGUACGAGACAGCAUAAGAAGAAAAAUGGAGGCUGUAUGUAACAGAGUAGUAAUGGAACCAAAAAAAGCAGUAAGAAAAUUUCCAAGAGUUCAACAUCUAUAUGCCCGAUUGGCAGGAACUUUAAGAAGUGAAGAUGAUGAGUUUGAUAUCUUGUCAUCUCUUCAUCCAACUCCAGCAGUUUGUGGAUUUCCAACAGAAGAGGCAAGGCUUUUAAUUGCAGAAAUUGAAGUAUUAGAUCGUGGAAUGUAUGCUGGGCCCGUUGGUUGGUUUGGAGGAGGAGAGAGUGAAUUUGCUGUCGGCAUCAGGUCAGCACUGGUGGAAAAGGGCCUUGGUGCAUUGAUCUAUGCUGGGACAGGAAUAGUAGAAGGAAGUGAACCGUCCUUAGAAUGGGAUGAACUAGAAUUGAAGACAUCUCAGUUCACCAAGUUGCUUAAACUUGAGGUCCCAUCAAGGGAGAAAAUUGAAAAUUUGGGAAUAAUCAACUGACAAGAAGAAUAGCUUGAACAGAUUUCCAAGUCUUCCUGAAGUGAACUGAGCAUAAAUUUGAUAGUUACCAUUUUGGCAUCCAUCUUUCUUCCAGAAAUCAUCUGGUGUACAAAGUAGCAAUCACUUUUCGACUGUGACAUUCGGUCAUAGUGGUUUAUUGGUUUUUGGGAAUGGAAUGCAGCUCAAAGGAUAGGAUAACGAAUAGCAGGUAGCAACAUUCUUUUUUCACACAAGGAAAAUGGGCUUUCGAUUGUUAUUGCUUGGUCAUUUUUGAAAUAAAGAUAAUGUGUUAUUAGAGUUAAUAAAUUAACAAUUGUUUUCUGUUUUUAAAAAAAAUUAGUUGCAUAUGUAAUAUGUUCCCCAACACACGCGUCAUCAACUUCUUAUUUCAUGAUGACAAAUUUGAAAGCUUUAUGACGCCUCAUUAGAUAAAUAGCAGAAAAUUACUACCUUCUUCUGAAGCUCAGCAAUCCACUAGCUGUAGAGGAAGUCUAGAAUUCUUCCUCCCUUGCUGGACAAGAUAGGAGAUGGUGGAGAAGUUCAAUUUUAUGAGAGCCUCCAAGAAGAGUACCAGUUCUUUACAUAUCUCCCAACUCACAGAACCCACUGAUGCAAACUUGCACCCCUGGUAACGUUGUUUUCUUUACCGGUAAUGUAAAUUUGAAGUUGCGGGCGCCACCGGCAAAAGUGAUUUGCAGAAGGAUGGCAAUCUGAUGCUUUACACAGCUGGCGUGCUCUAUAAUUGUCAAUUUUUUUUACCAGGAUGUUCAUGCACAGAAACUGAAGGAGCUUCUGUAGAUUUAGAAGCCAAACCUGCCCGACAUAAACCCUUGUUACCCUCAAAGCCAGAAGUUUGAAAGCCGUUGGGACUAUUUGACUGUUUACAAAUUGGCGGAAAAAGAUAAUGUUUGUUCAGAGGGAAAAGUUUCCUUCUGACAGAGAAAACAUUUCAAGGAAAAGUUCCUUAUCGUUCAUAGACAGGAAAGCUCCGUCCAAAAAUUGAAAGUAAUAAUAAUAAUAAGCACUCUACCUAUUCUAAGCAUA